CCUGGCCCGGGCCGGCCACCCUACCGCUCGGCGCGGGAGCUGCUGGGAGGAGCUGCUAGAUGUCGCCCGGCUUGCCUCAGCGCGCGGAUCCGCACCAUGCCCCGCAUAGAUGCAGACAUCAAGCUGGACUUUAAGGAUGUCCUGCUCCGACCCAAGCGAAGCAGCCUCAGGAGCCGAGCCGAGGUGGAUCUUGAGCGUACCUUCACAUUUCGGAACUCGAAGCAGACCUACUCAGGGAUCCCCAUCAUUGUGGCCAACAUGGACACCGUGGGGACAUUCGAGAUGGCAGUGGUGAUGUCACAGCACUCCAUGUUUACAGCAAUCCAUAAGCACUACACCUUGGAUGAAUGGAAGCUGUUUGCUGCUAAUCACCCCACAUGUCUGCCGCACGUAGCUGUGAGUUCGGGCAGUGGGAAGAGCGACCUGGAAAAGAUGAGCAGCAUCUUAGAAGCUGUGCCGCAGGUUAAGUUCAUUUGCCUGGACGUGGCCAAUGGGUAUUCAGAACACUUUGUGGAAUUCGUGAAGCUGGUGCGUGCCAAAUUUCCAGAACAUACCAUUAUGGCCGGGAACGUGGUGACAGGGGAGAUGGUAGAAGAGCUGAUUCUUUCUGGAGCAGACAUAAUCAAAGUGGGCAUUGGACCAGGUUCCGUGUGCACCACCCGCACCAAGACGGGGGUGGGCUACCCCCAGCUGAGUGCCGUGAUCGAGUGCUCGGACUCUGCCCACGGCCUGAAGGGGCACAUCAUCUCCGACGGAGGCUGCACUUGUCCGGGAGAUGUCGCCAAAGCCUUUGGAGCUGGAGCCGAUUUCGUGAUGCUGGGGGGGAUGUUUUCGGGCCACACCGAGUGUGCCGGGGAGGUAAUUGAGAAGAAUGGGCAGAAACUCAAGCUCUUCUAUGGGAUGAGCUCGGAGACAGCGAUGAACAAACACGCAGGAGGUGUCGCCGAAUACAGAGCUUCUGAGGGUAAGACUGUGGAAGUACCUUACAAAGGGGACGUACAAAGCACCAUUCUGGAUAUUCUUGGGGGACUGAGGUCUACCUGCACUUACGUGGGGGCUGCCAAACUCAAAGAGCUCAGCAGGAGGGCGACAUUCAUCCGGGUGACUCAACAGCACAACACCCUGUUCAGCUAACCCUGAGGAUGAGGCUGGCCUCUCACUUAAAGAGAUUAUACAUUAUUUUGAAGCGCCGUGGGAUGUUUGGUUGAAAGGUUAUCCACCAGAAACUGGGCAAGUGGAAUCCCGCUGACAGCAAACGCUCUGACCUGUGGCCUUGGGGGAAGGCCCACUGUGGCACUUGUGGAAACAGCGCACAUGGAUUGAUUAGUGAGCACUGGCCACUUUGGAAGCAUUGCUCAAGUAUUAGGACUGGAAAGUAUAUGCAGACCAGGAGGUGUUACUUUAUUUUCUUUUAUUAUUUAAAAUAAUAAACCUUAUUGGUUUAAAGAGGCA